AUGUCUUUCGGAUUCGGAGGAUUUGGACAAAACAACCAGCAGAGCUCAGGCUUCGGGGCUGGCUCUAGCUUCGGAGGAACAAACACUGGCGGCGGAGGCUUUGGAUCUACUACGUCACCCUUUGGUGGUGGUAAUACAUCAGGUGGUAGCAUGUUUGGGAAUACAUCUAAUAGCUUUGGUUCCGGUGGAGGGUUUGGAUCGGGUACGCAGAACCAGUCGAACACGCUGUUCGGGAGCCAAAACCGAACUGGCGGAUUUGGGACUGGUACAUCAUCAUCAGGAAGUCUCUUUGGAGGUGGCACCUCAACAGCUGGUGCCAGCGGUUUCGGAAGUGGUACUGCCGGCUUUGGGUCGACUGGAAACACUGGAGGCUUUGGCAGUUCCGGUACUACUGGCGGCGGCAUUUUCGGAAACAAGACUGGAGGCUUUGGCAGCACAACUGGCACCAGUACUGGCACCAGCACUGGUGGCUUUGGUACUAGUGGCGGCUUUGGAAGUGGCACUGGCUUCGGCGGUGGAUCAGGAACUGCGUUUCAGCAGGCCGUUCCUCCUUCCGAUGGCACAGGGAGCACACCUUUCAGUGCGUUUACUGAAAAAGAUGGCGCCUCCAAUAUGACCAAUCACUACCAGAGCAUUCCGUUCAUGCAGCCAUAUAGCAAAUACUCCUUUGAAGAACUACGACUGGGCGACUACAGCCAAGGCCGUAGGUUUGGCAAUGGAAGUGGACAGGCUGGUGCCUUUGGGACGUCGGCCUUUGGAGGGAGCGGCUUUGGCGCACAGCAGUCUACUGGGUUUGGUAGCACGUCAACCCCCUUUGGCGGUGGCACGAGUGCUCCCUCUGCCUUUGGCCAGACACAGACAACUGGUGGGUUUGGUUCCAGUGCCUCUGCAAACCCCUUGUUCGGCGCUACCAAGCCAGCAACGUCUUUGUUCGGGGGAGGAACUACUACGGGUACCUCUCAGCCAGCACCAUUCGGCAGCACUGCCUCAACUUCGGGCGGCUUUGGAAGCGCACCAGGAACCGGUGGUGCCUUUGGGUCGGGUGCUACCGCCUCAUUAUUCGGUAACAAUCAGCAGCAACAGCAGAGCAAACCUCUGUUUGGAGGAGGCAGCACUACGUCCACUGGCACCGGCUUCGGCGGCUUUGGACAGCAACAAAACACUAGCACGUCCUCUCCUUUUGGUGGUACAAGCGCCACUUCGACACCUUUUGGUCAACAACAGCAGCAAACUGGCACAGGAGCAUUUGGUGGCUUCGGUCAGCAGAACCAAGCCCAGAACCAGAAUCAGACUCAAAACAAGGGGCUCUUUGGCGGGUUCGGACAGAACACACAGCAACAACAGUCUACCACUCCCAGUCUCUUUGGCGGUGGUGGUACCAGUACGGGAACCUCCCUCUUCGGUCAAAAUAACCAACAAGCGCAGCAGCAGCCGGCGGCACCUUUGUUUGGAGGCGCCAGUAACCAGCAAGCCAGUACUGGCUCUCUCUUUGGCGGCGGAGCCCAACAGCAGGGCCAGAAGAGUUUAUUCGGCACUGGCACGACAGGAACCGGCGCCAACGCCAGUCCGUUCGGCGGCUUUGGAGCUAACCAGAACCAGCAGACUGGGACCAGCAGUUUGUUCGGCGGUGCACAAAAUCAGCAGCAACAAAAGCCUGGGAGUCUUUUUGGCGGCACUACGGGUACGGGGAGCUCCCUAUUUGGAGGCCAAAAUACGGCGACUCAAAAUGCUGGAUCAUCGCUCUUCGGCAACACCCAGGCUCAGCAACAACCAAGUGGUGGGUUGGGCCUGGGUACCUCUAGCCUCUUUGGCAACACGCAGCAGGCGCAGGCUCAGCAACCACAGCAGCCUCAACAGCCAGCACCGGGGAGCCUCCAGGCCUCCCUUCUCGAGGGCAAUCCGUAUGGAAACCAAUCGAUAUUUUCUGGCCUGCCAGCACCAAGCGCCCCUAGCCCUGGCCCGUUGGCAACGCCGCUGUCUGCGUCUGUCAAACAAAAGCAGCGCACACCGUUGCCCGUCUACAAGAACAGCCCACAUGCCUCCACCCGCCUCAUCACGCCGCCCAAACGUCAAGGAUACGGCUUUUCCUACUCGACUUACGGAACCCCCUCCAGCUCGAAUAGUACGCCUAAUGGCCUUGGUGGUAGCCUUUUGGGUGGAAGUCUGCGUGGAAGCGUCAAUGGAAGCCUUGGACGUAGCAGUUUCAGCAAGAGUUUCUCCACCAGCAAUCUGCGCAAAACCUUUGAUCCGGACACCGACAGCGUUUUAUCUCCAGGAGCGCUCUCUUCGGGGCCACCUCGUCUGUCAGGUGGUAGUCUGAAACGUCUGACUAUUGAUCGGAGCCUGAGAAACGAUAUCUUUUCGCGUCCAGCCAGUACACUUGCCGCCCCUAUUACCGCCGGCGAGGAGGCGACCCAAUCAGCCGACAAAGUAAAGAAAAAGGUUAGCUUCGACUCAACCACUGAUGCCGCCAGUGGUGGAGAGGUGGUGCCGGUGGAAUCUCAAACCCCGGAGCCUACUUCAGAGGAGUUGGGCUUCCUGCGCUCGAUUCGUAAGAGUGGCACCAUCAACGGCAUCAACGGCGUGAAGUCGAUCGCCGAGGACGUAACGCGCCCCGAAAUGGAGUCGGUCCGUGGAAAGGAACUUCCCGCAGUCCCGGAAAAUGCUGAACAGGAUGCUAUCACCGUCGCGGAUUCACGACUUCCCUUCACGCCCGGCUUUGACCCACAGCCCGGUCAGUACUGGAUGCAGCCUACGCGGGCGGAGAUCAACAAAAUGAGCCGUGACCAGCAGAAGCAUGUGGUCGGCUUCACCGUCGGUCGUCAGCGUUGCGGACAAGUGACGUUCGAUGAGCCAGUCGAUCUCACUUCAAUUGACUUGGACCAGAUCUUUGGAGGACUAGUCGAAAUCGGCGUGCGCAAAAUCACCGUGUAUCCCGAUGAAGCAAUCAAGCCUCCGAUGGGUAAGGGCCUAAACGUUCCUUCCAUCUUGCGAAUCGAAAACUCCUGGCCGCGAGGCAGGGACAAGAAGUCCCCGUCACCACUCACCAGCGGUCCUCUCUUCGACAAGCAUGUCGACCGGUUGAGGAAAGUCCACAACACCGAGUUUAUCGAUUACGAAACAAGAACAGGUACAUGGGUGUUCAAAGUGCCCCAUUACACCACGUAUGGCCUGGAUUAUGAUAGCGAUGAUGAAGGUGAGAGCCUCAACCAAAGCACUUUGAGUGCUGCUCCUGACACUCCGACUCCGAAGGCCCAGUCUCCCGCGAAUCUCGACAACACCGUGGGCUCGGAGCAAAUGUCCACCUUCUCCACUGACGAGUCCUUCGUCGGUUCGAUGGCCGGGGUUGACGACGACACUUUCGAUUUCAAAAAGCGCAAAAUGGUCCCAGGGGCGUUUGGCAACCAGCCCAUGGAGGCGGAUGAGCGGUCUGGUUCCGGAGACGACGAGUCUUUUUUAGGGGAGGGCUCCACGGGUUCAACUACUGAGCAAGACGGUGAUGACAUCACCGAGAGCCAGAAUUCUGGCGAGUCAGAAGUUGGAUUGGAUGAAGAUGAGGAAAUGGACAUGGCGGGCACGUUCCCCAUCCUUCAUCCCACCGUGGAGCAGGACAAUACUAAAUAUACCGACCAAUUUAACAAGGAUACCCGGUCCCCAAUGAAAACGUGGAACACGCCUCCCAAAGCUGGUCUCGAUCUAAGUGGCGACUGGGCAGAACAACUACAGCGCACGAUCAGCCCGAGGAAGCAGAACCGAGACGCGCUGCGUGAGAUCCAACGCAAUGCUUUCAGCGACAGGGCCUCGCAAGAGAACUCCCCCAAGGAUGCUGCCGCGGAGUCCCGGCCCAAGGGCUUUUCCACCAGCAUUGAUUUGAUGAAUUCCUUAUUCCAACAACCACGAAAGCAACCAUCGCCCCCCCUGGCGAAGGGUCCAAAUGCAAAGUCGAAAGGCUUCGAGUGGCCGUACAUCAAAACCGCCAAGACGUUCGCCGGUGAGACCAAUGAAUUAAACGAAGACGAUCUUGCCUUUCAUCAUUCCUUUAAACCACGCUGGGGCCCCGUAGGUUCCAUUAUUUGCGUCCAAAACGGGCUAGGAGAUACUGGGUCCGACGAGCGAUGGCAACGAAAGCUUUCCGUCACCAGCGAAGAGAGAGAUAUUGUCUUACUGGCGUUCAACAGGAAUCCGGAUUGUAAUGAGAUGCUAGAUGCCCAAAGGGAACAGUCUGUCAUCGACCGUGUCGAUGGGAUCCCGUUUGCGCGCUUGGCCAAGGCCGACUUUCAACAGCUUGCGCAGGCACCGUCGACCUCGGGAGGGUCGGACCAGGAGCGAUUAAUGUGGCAACUGAGCAACAUCCUGUUUAACGAUGACAUUGAAGAUGACAUAUCUGCCGGUGUACCGUCUCAGCUUCGAUGCAAAUUCCUCCACCGCAUCAAAAAAGAUCGCCUGAGCCGCUUGUGGCAAGAGGUCAUUCGUGAGAAACACGCGCACACAUUGGGGAAAGCUAAUUCUGCCGAGGAGCGCGCGGUCCGUUUGCUUUGCUCCCACCGUAUCGACGAGGCUUGCAAUGUCUUGAUGGCGAGCCAGAACUUCCAUCUUGCCACGCUCCUCGCCCAGAUCGGCCGAGAUCCUACUUCUCGGGCUGACAUGUCGAAGCAAGUUGAGAUGUGGCGACAGCAUAAUGUGUUUUCGGAGAUGAGUGAGCCCAUCCGAGCGUUGUAUGAACUACUGGCUGGCAAUGCUCUCCGCAGCGAAGGUAGAUCGGGUGGUGCCCUUGAAGACCGCACUUCGACCUUCACCUUUACUGAAAGAUUCGGCUUGGAUUGGUACCAGGCGUUCGGUCUUCGUCUGUGGUAUGGCAUCACCGAUGACGAGCCGAUUGAAGCGGCAGUUUCCAAGUUUUACGAGGACCUCAGUAGCGGCAAAGAGCCUGCCUUCCCAUGCCCUCCCCACCAGGGCAAUGCUUCCGGGUUAGAGACCCCAACCGAUACUCUGGGCCGUGAAUCUCCUCUGUGGGUUUUGCUGAAGCUAUACUCGUCGACCGUGGGCCGGACGAAUGUUCCGCUGCCAGAUCUUCCCGCCGCCCUCCUUCCAGAGUCUGUGGCUGGGGAUAAACUGUCAAGUAGACUAACCUUUCAGCUAUACCAGCUCUUGGCAGGCGCUGUUGGGAAUCAUGGAGGCUUUCAGACCAAUGCUGCACAGGCUGACCAGUUAGUGCGAGAUUAUGCCUGGGAGCUCAGCUGUAGCGGUGAUUUUGAGCGUGUGUUGUUUGUGCUACUCCAUCUGUCCCGGCCGUCGGAUCGCGAGCGUGCAGUGAAAGAAACUCUGGCACGGUUUGCAUGUCGGCUGCCUGACCCCGUUACCCCAGAAGGCACCGUAGAUGCCACCUGGCAGUAUCUCACCAAGGAUUUACAGCUUCCUGAAGGGUGGAUUUGGGUGGCCAAAGCCCUCUAUGCUCGAGACGUCGGUGAUGCGGCCCGUGAAGUGGAUUGUCUCGUGCGUGGCAAGAACUGGAAUGAUGCACAUGCCACUUUCUGCCGCGUUGUCGGUCCGACCGCUGUAAUUGAGCACGACUAUGUGACGUUGGAGAGACUGGUGUCCGGCUUCGGUGAGGCCCCAGAUCGUAAGGUCAGAGGGUGGGUCGGCGGAGGCGGCAUCUAUGAGGAUUACCUCCACCUUGCGACUGCUAGAAGUGGAAAGCGGGAUGCCAGUCGACUCAAUCGGCUGAUCAAUGCGCUGGCGACGAUGAGAGAAAAAAUCAGCCAAGCAUCUAGUGUGGAGGGACUGGAAGAACGGGUGGCUUUCAAGGAGAUGAGUCGGGCGGUUGCCAGUUGGGCGGCACGUGAGGAUGGGAAGACGGUCGAAAUGUCGAAUGUUCUCGGUCUGCCUUUGACGGGGGAUGCGCGUCUUCUCCAGAUGGCGGAGAUGAGUCGGCGCUAUUACAGUGUUAUCAUGGCGGGUGCCUAUUAA